AAACGGUACUCUCUCUCUCUCUCUCUACCCUAGGGUUCUCCCGCCCGCGGUCCUCCCCUGAAUCCAUGGACAUGACGGAGGAAAUGACGGAGGAGCAGAGGAAAAGAGCUGAAGCAAACCGACUUGCGGCUCUGGCAAAGCGUCGUCAGGCAGCAGGGAACAAGAGAGAAGAUCCAGAAGCUUGGAGGCUUUUCAAGUGCCGCAAGAUUCUGCCGGAACCCAGUCUUCUCCAAAAACCUGUAAUUGUGUCCUGUGAAGUGCCCAAGCCCCAAUUAUUUUUGCCGUCGAAAAUAUUCCGUGUCAGGUUGGAGAUAUGUUCUCCUGACUCAUUUUCUGCCACGCCGGAACCCUUGCCUGAUUCUCCUUACCCCGGAGAUGCUGAAUGCUUGCAGAGGCUCAAUGACUGCCUUUCAUUUGUCGUGCCUUUGCGGUAUACUCAAAAUCAAAGUGGUGGGAACGGUUCUGUUUAUAAUCUUUGGGACUACGACAUGAUUUUAAAGUGUUUAAAGUCUUCCAAAGGGAUUGAAUGCCAGGAGAUUCCUCAUGUGACGCUUAGAGCUGUUCAGUCACUUUCAGAUUCAUUUGUCACUGGGCGUUGGUUCCCUUGCAGACCAGAACAUUUGCCUGAUGAUGUGGUUGAUGCUUUGAUAGGAUCAUUGCCUAAAACAUUAUUGGAUUCACUUUUUCCAUUUCAACUUGAUGGUGUGAGGUUUGCCUUGCGUAGAGGUGGACGUUGUCUCAUUGCGGAUGAGAUGGGCCUAGGGAAAACUCUUCAGGCAAUUGCAAUUGCGAGCUGUUUUAUCAAUGAAGGUCCUAUCCUUGUUGUUUGCCCAGCUAUUCUGAGAUAUUCUUGGGCAGAAGAAUUAGAGCGUUGGCUUCCUUCUUGUGUACCCACAGAUAUCCAUCUUGUUUUUGGUCACGAAAAUAAUCCUGCCCGUUUAACGAGAUGUCCAAGAGUUGUGGUUACCUCGUACACAAUGCUUCACCAUCUUCGCAAUAGUAUGCUAGAGCUUGAGUGGGCUCUUUGGAUUGUUGAUGAAUCUCACCAUAUACGAUGUUCAAAAAAGGCUUCAGAACAUCCGGAGAUUCAAGCUGUACUUGAUGUUGCAAAGCUAGUCAAACGCAUAAUACUGCUUUCUGGAACUCCUUCUUUGUCAAGGCCAUAUGACAUUUUUCAUCAAAUAGAUAUGUUAUGGCCUGGUUUGCUCGGGAAGAACAAAUUUGAGUUUGCAAAAAAUUACUGUCCGAUAAAAUCCGAUCUACCUUCACAAGCCAUGGUUUUCAAGCGGGAUUUUUCAAAGGGCAUUCGUUUGGAGGAGUUAAAUGUGCUACUGAAGAUAUCUGUCAUGAUAAGGCGUUUGAAGAAGCAAGUGCUGGUACAAUUACCACCCAAACGUCGACAAAUCAUAAGAUUGGUGUUGAAAAGGUCUGAUAUUAUCUCUGCAAAAGCUGCUAUUGAGAGAAGUGGCACUACUCCAACUGAAACCCAAGAGGAAAGUGAACUCCAUAUGAAUGGUGGGACUCCUGAAAAUGAUCCUGAUGGUGACAGUACUCUAGAAAUUGAUUCGGAAUCAAAUGAUGACGGUGAUUGCUAUGGAAAUUUGGGGAAUCUUUCUUAUCAAGAAGUCGGUAUUGCGAAGCUUUCUGGGUUUUGCAAUUGGUUUUCCAUUCAUCCAAUUGUCACUAAUAUAUGGGCUGCAAGGAAUUCAGACAUGGAUCGUCACUCCCAUAAAAUGAUAAUAUUUGCUCAUCACCAUGCUGUUCUUGAUAAAAUUCAGGCCUUCACAUGUCAGAAGGGAGUCGGUUUUGUCCGUGUUGAUGGACUUACAAGUGCUUUGGAUAGGCAGUUGGCUAUACAAUCUUUCCGUUCAUCACCAGAGGUAAAUGUUGCGAUAAUUGGAAUAACUGUUGGGGCUCUUGGACUGGACCUAUCAGUAGCUGAAAACGUUGUUUUCUUGGAGCUGCCUAAAACUUCUAAUGAAUUGGUUCAGGCAGAGGAUAGAGCUCAUAGGCGAGGGCAAACCAAAGCAGUCAAUGUGUACAUCUUUUGUGCAAAGGAUACCUUGGAUGAGUUACAUUGGCAGAAGCUAAACAAGGAACUCCACUGUGUCUCAUGUGUGACAAAUGGGAAAAAGGAUGCUGUAGAAGAGAUAGGGGUUGAAAAAGUUUCUGAUCAAUAUCAAGAAGGUAGUUUUGCUCAAUACAAAAGUUCAGAAGACGAUGAGAAUGAAGAUAUGAAAGCUGCAAGCCCUGGUUCGAAUAAUAGUAGCAAAACAGAUAUUAGUUUUGAUAAGAAAAAGUUCUUGGAUAAUGUUGUAUCUGGUGAACUUCCUCAGAUGGAGACAGUGGAUCCCCAUAAUACUGCAUUAAAUCAGGGAGUGCAGGAUUUCAAAAUGCAUAUAGGACAGAUGAUGGUCAAGGAUGAAUCUCACAAGCAGAUAGACGGUGAUGGGUAUAGUUCAAUGCAAGAAAAUUUAAUUCAUUUUGAGUCUGGUAGGGGUUCUGAUCUUGAGAUGGCUGAUGAUUCCAGUCUCAAUGGAAGUUUGGAAGGUGAUGCUUGCGAACCAAGAGAACCGCGAAGUCCUGGCAUAGUCUCUACGUGCAAAUUGUAUAAGAGUACUGACAAAAAUGAGCCAAUGGCUAACAUGGAACUUGAAGGGGUUUUGUUUCCCAAUGCAGAGCUACCUAGUGAUCAAAAGUACACUGUAAAUACAGACAGAGAUUAUGGAAGUACCAUGCUCAUUGAGGCUGGUGCAGCUGGUUCCAUUCAGUCAGAUUGUUUGAGAUUUGAGGUUAGCCAGUAUACUGGAAGGAUCCACUUGUACUCUUGUGUUUCAGGAAGGGAUCCAAGACCAAAACCACUAUUUCAGAAUUUUCGGCCCGAGGAACUUGAGUCACUGAAUUUUUCAGUUGUUGGUAUAAACAAGGGAAGAGCUCCCAAAUUUAUCCAGGAAAAUCCGACCUAUCGUGAUAUUCUUCUAGCAUUUAUCACAGAGUGGAAUGGUCUGACACCCUUUCAGCAAAAGAAAUUACUUGGAAAGCCAUUACAACUGCCCCUAAGCCUUGAGCUGUGCUAUCUGAAAGAAGGCAUUAACCAUGGCAGUGGGGGACUGCUAAAAGGUGGAAGCAAAAGACGUGCAACACCUUUAUAUGAUAUAAGCCAUCCACUGCCAGAAAAUGCUAUCCGGAAGAUGGUUUCUCUUCGUAGUGGGAAUGGGAAGAAGGAAAAAACUUAUGCUCAAGGAUGGUCAAUGACGGAUGAACCGCUCUGUAAACUCUGUCAAGCACCAUGCAAGGGCAAUCUUGCUAAGACUCCUGAAUAUUUAGAGGAUCUGUUCUGUACUCUGGACUGCUUUGAAGAAUUUCGUAUAAGAACCAGUCAAAGAUCGCUACGUGAGGCACUUUUCCAAAUAGAGCUUGGCAUCUGCAGAAAGUGCAAACUAGACUGCCAUAAACUCAUCAAAUGCAUAAAACCCUUGUCUAUUGCAAAGCGAAAACAGUAUAUCGAGAAGGUAGCUCCAAAAGUAGCAAGCCAUAAGAACUUAUUUGAGAAGCUUGUUCAUGAACCAAUUGAGGGUAAUGCAUGGCAUGCGGACCACAUAGUACCCGUCUAUCGAGGAGGAGGGGAAUGCAGACUGGAGAAUAUGAGAACACUGUGUGUUGCCUGUCAUUCUGAGGUUACUGCAUCUCAACACAUGGAACAACGCUUAGCAAGGGCUAAGGCUAAAGAGCAACUCAAAGAAAUCAUGAAAAGUUUAAAAAAUGGCAGCAAUAUUGAACAGAUAAGCUCCAACUUAGAGGGCUGUGGGCAUUCGGACAUGCAGGAGGUUACAGACGCUGAACUGUUUAUCAAGGUUCCUGGGAGUGCAUACUCAGAGAGCACGGCACAAGAAAAAAAUUCUUCUGAAGUGGAGAUGCCAUAGGAAAGAAGAGCUGGAAAAUUGAUGAAAUUGUGUCAUCCAUUAU